AUGGGUGGUGAGGGACUGGGGGUUUGUGGGGAUGCUUGGCGCAUGGAGGACAACGAGAACGAAGCAUACAUAGCAGCUGACAAGGUUGUGCAUGGGCAUAAAAGCUUAUGCACGGAUGGCAGAGGAAAACAUUUUGCAUCGUUGCAGAUCAACUAUUGGAAGAGCUUGCAUAUGCUUUCAAUGGCCUCGCCCAUCCUCAAUCUCCAAACCGGCAAGCCAAGCUCUCACAGAACAAUGAAUCGCGCUCCGACCCUGCGAUCUCUCAUCUACUCAAGACCACCUCAUCAACGCCCUGCAAGGUCCACCACAGAACGGCCUGCCCAAGUCCCGCUUGCCACUGUAGCAAAACCCGCAGGAAUCCAACGCUUCUUCCUGCCUUGUGCUUGGAUUCCAGUAAUCCCAGCCGGGGGAAUCCCCUUAAUCCGCGAUCAUAAGGAAAUGGGGCUGGUGGUUAUCAGCUUUGCGUUUAGAAAAUUGCUUUCGGGGCGCGGCGACUACGCCGUAUUGAAUCCGGAAGAGAGGAUUCCUGGCGGUGGAAAUGUGCCUUCUGCGUUAACGGGUUGGAGAGACAUGGGGCGGUAUGCGGCGAAAGUAAUUGUAGGUGAGAGAACGUUGAAUAAACACGUCCUCGUGUACAAUGAGAUGAGGACACCGCUCCAGCUCAUUGACUCAGACGCUGAAUUGAAAAAGACGAUUGAGGGUUGCGGUGAUGGGAUGAAUAUGCAGACCCUUCUGGUGAAGAUUCCGGCGCAGUAUUUGGUGUCUUGGGGGAUUCCUGGUGAUAGUCGGCCAGAUUAUGCGAAGUACCUAGGCUAUAUGAGCAUUAAGGGGCUUUGCUCGGAUUUUGAGCCUAGAACGUUCGAGGACUACGCACAAAAUGUGGUUGGUGGAAAGGCGCCACAAAUCUACGAGGAGCUGAAGGCGAGACUUGCCGAGAUGAUGAAGAAGUAG